AUGAAAAUCAACCGCCAAUCGCAGAGCGCCGAAACUGAGGGGGUAGCCUCCAGAUCAUCCAUCUCAGUGGCUAAACCUUUGCGAGAUCACGACGGAAAUGAUGACGUCCACAGUGUCGACAAGACUGCGAUGGACCGGCGAGUGAACAGAAAAUUAGACAUUGCUCUUCUCCCGCUGUUGUCUCUGUUGUACCUAUUCAACGGUCUGGAUAGGGGCAACGUGGGAAACGCUCAGACCCAAGGAUUUACAAACGACAUUGGCGCCGCGCCGGACGAUCUAAACCUCGCCGUGUCUCUGUUUUUCAUUACUUUCGUUUUGUUUCAGCCUCCCUCUGCGGCUGUUGGCCGAUGGCUUGGGGCUAAAUACUGGAUCCCGAUUAUGAUGCUUGGAUGGGGAUUCGUGACCAUCUGUCAGGCCUUCAUCAGGGGCAGAGGUUCUUUGAUCGCCACUCGCCUCCUGAUAGGCGCCUUCGAAGCUGGCUUCUACCCGACUGCAGUCGCUUACCUCUCUUUCUUUUACUGCCGAUACGAUCUUGCUGUGAGAGUUGGCUUAUUCUACGGACAAUAUGCUGUGGCUGGCGCAUUUUCCGGGGCAAUUGCAUACGGUGUUUUCCACCUCAGAGAUGGACCUCUGAAAAAUUGGCAAUACCUCUUCAUCAUUGAAGGGACGCUGACGAUUCUUUUCGGUCUCAUCGCCUGGGUCUUCCUUCCGGCAGGUCCCGGCUCGGCAUGGUUUCUGACCCAUGAAGAACGACGCUUUGCUGCAGAUAGGAUCAAAGCCGACAGCGUUUCAUUUACCGAGCAUGCCUAUGACGCCCAUGGAGUAGAGACAGAUCGUCUGACCCAACGGGACUUCAUUGAGACUGUGAGAGAUUGGAAGUUUUGGUAUGUUCUGGUAUUCAACAUUUGCGCCAGCGUCCCCGGGCAGGCUUUCUCCGUCUUUCUACCACUAGUUGUGCAAGGGUUGGGAUAUUCAUCAAUUCAAGCAAAUUUGAUGUCUGUUCCUCCAUACGCGUGUGGUGCGCUUGGAUUAUACCUCUUUACCCUCAGCUCCGAUUAUCGCAAGGAACGAGGUUAUCACAUCUUGGGGGGCAUCGUCAUUGCCGUCGUAGGCCUGGUAGCUACCGUUACUGUCGAAUCGAACGGCGGGAAGUACGCUGCGCUAUGCGUUCUUCUUCUCGGUAGUUACGUUGCUGCUCCAUUAACAGUCGCGUGGUUGAGCGGGAAUACCCCAGAACCCGGAAAACGCUCCCUUAUCCUCGGUCUCAACGGUUUCGGGAAUCUGUCAGGCGUCAUCGGUGCGCAGCUAUACCGCGAUCGCUACAAGCCAGGCUACAAGAUCCCAUUUUACGUAACCCUAGGGUUUGUUGCAGUCUCGUUACUUGGAUACCUUUCGUAUAGAUUGACUCUCGCCGCGGUCAACCGAAGAAAGUUGGAAAUCAUGAGACAAAAGACUGCAGAUGAGAUCGAGAGAGAGCGGCUGGACAACACGCGUUACGCUGACAAGAAGUGGACGUUCAUAUAUGGUCUUUGA